AAAAUUAUGACACAAUGUGUGUACCCGUAGCAAAAGGCCACUAGGCAGGCGGCAGGUGGAGGAGUCAAAGGCGGAAGCUUUGCCUGCCGGCCAUGGCCAUGCCGUCCACCGCGUCUUGCUGCUUCGCCUCCUCCUCCCCCCAUGUCCGGCCCAGCCUCCGCCUCCUCCUGACCCACACCACCAUCACCUCGAGCCCCGCGCGCAUCCGCCUCGUCUCCCGUAACCCCCUCCGGCGCUCCUUCUCGUCCUCCGAGCCGGCGCCCGGUGUCGCCGGCGACGAGGGGGGAUAUGUGGACAGGGAGGUAGAGGAGGACCGGGACGAGCGGUACGGGUUCGAGAUGGAGGUGCGGAAGCUGCCGGGGAAGAAGAACCGGCGGCUGGUGCGCGCGCGGGUGCGGGUCGGCGCGCCGCUCCAGGCCGUCUGGGCCACGCUCACCGACUACGAGGGCCUCGCCGGAUUCAUCCCCGGCCUCUCCGAGUGCCGCCUCCUCCACCAGGACAAAGCCUUCGCCCGCCUCUACCAGGUCGGGGAGCAGGAUCUGGCGCUGGGGUUCAAGUUCAACGCCAAGGGCACCAUCGACUGCUACGAGGGAGAGAUGGAGCUGCUCCCGGAGUUCCGGGCGCACCGCCGGGAGAUCGACUUCAACAUGGUCGACGGCGAUUUCAAGGUCUUCCAGGGCAAGUGGUCUGUCCAGGAGGUCGAUGAUGCUACUGAAGGUGGGGAAAUUUCAUCAGGGCAGGAAUUUCAGACCACGCUUUCUUAUGUGGUGGAGCUAGAGCCUAAGCUCUGGGUUCCAGUUCGGCUACUGGAAGGGAGGAUCUGCAAGGAGAUCAAAACCAACCUUAUUUGUAUCCGAGAAGAAGCAGAGAGGGUCCAAAGGUUACUGGACGAGUGAUAACUAGGAUGAAUCCUGAAGGCUUUCUUACAAUGCCGUUCUUGAUUAUAGUUCCGUGUCCGCUACUUAACAGAGGGAAUCAGAUAAACAAAAAUCAGCAUGCUUCUUGCAUCGAGGUGAUGUGGAAUGGCCCCCAGUUGUGUUGACAUGGCUGGAUAACCAAUGGAGGGACCUCACCUGAACCGAGUCUUGCAGUUUAGGAUUUGUUUUUGCUACUUCAUUGAAGAGUGGACAACUCACGAUACAUAAUUUUGUUAGAAGAUGUUGGCAGGAUGGUUGACUGUAAUGCAUAGAGAGCAAACACUUGUCCAGUUGUUUUUGUUGUAAUGUCAUCUCUGAUAUGAUUCUACAUGUAUGCAAAUUCAUUCUGUAAUAUAAUACAGCAGAUAAAUUAUCAGUUCCUUUGA